AUGGACACUGAGGAUGGCCACCAAUUCAUAAAGCAACUCGCCUAUUUUGUGCGGACGCACGAAAAGGCUCUGGCCAACGCGCUGCAAUUGCAGAGGCGCGGAUCCCAAAAUGUCACCUCUCCUGUCUCGACCGCCGCCAUAAGCCCCCCCUCUACCGCUACUUCCGCAUCGUCGUCCUCCUCUUCGGCCAGCACCUUCGCUGCCGCCCUGUCGCUCCCUUAUCUCAGCUUCACCUCUCAGACAGUCAAGCCCGUCAAGUUGACCCUGACUCCGCACCACCUCUUCUACCUACUGUCCCGCUUUGAAGAACUGGGAAUCAAUGUUGGGCCCAUGACCAUCCGUCUCGAGAACAUUCAUAACGACGUCGCCCCUGGAAACUAUGUCUCUUUUCUCUCAGCCCCCAAGUCACGCGGUCGCGCCUCAGAUGCCGAUUCUGUCCGAUCUUCUUCAAGUGUACGGAGUGUCAUGUCGACCAUGUCGACCAUGUGGUCACACUUCAACCUCAGCGGACAGUCGAACAAGGAGGAGAAGCAAAAGGCAGCUGAGUUGGAAGAUCUGAAAUACCUGUACUCGGCAUUCACCAAGAUACCCUGUCUGCGGCUUUCCCCCGACCAUCGCUCCAAAUUGAUCGCUGGUUAUGAAGAGUUUCCCUUUGACACCGCCGUCCCGCUGUUCGCAUUUAAAAAUGUGAGCGCUCUGGAGAUAUGUGACCUGGACUUCCGUCAACUCUUUGGCUGGGACCGAAUGGCCGAGCAAUUACGCAGUCUCACUGUCAAGCGUGCUAGCAUCGAGGAUCUGGCUGAUUUGACUAUCAACAUUAUCUUGGACGAUAUGGACAAGCGUCGUCGAAGGUCAUCAAAAGCACCUAUACCCUCAUCUCCAGCUGUGGUAUGGCCGUCAGCGAACAACAGCGUCAGACAUGCGGCUGAGUUGGCAUCUGCGUCGGUGCCCAAUUCGCCAAUGGCUGAGGGAAGACGAUCAUCCAUUGGUAGUCCUCAACCUUCGGCUACCCCUCGUCUGAGGCAGAGAAGUAUCUCACCAUCGAGACCUGUCAGCUCGCGACACAACUCCUCCUAUGGCCAUGGACAUCAACCACGAAGCGGUACGCCAAAAUUCAGGCGCGAAUCUGGUAGCUCAGGCUCAAGUGUUCAUUCAAGCACGCCACGAAACAGUACAUCUAACCUCCUAGCAUUGGGCAUUGUCCCUGCGUCUAAGUGGCGCUUCUUGCGUCACCUCAGUCUUGCUGAGAACGGCUUGACAUUCAUCACAACCCAUAGUCUUGCUCCGCUAGCCCAGACAUUGCAUUCACUCGACCUCUCAUCAAACCUCUUUACCGAGAUCCCUGAGAGUCUUGCCUCAUUGACCAACUUGAGAGCUCUGAAUCUUUCCAACUGCAUGAUCGACAGCUUGCACUCUCUUCUUCGUAACCCGCUUCCCGCCAUAACUACCCUCAAUCUCAGAUCCAAUCGGCUUGCCUCACUUGCCGGAAUCGAACGCCUAUUUUCUCUCGAACGUGUGGAUCUGCGCGACAACAAGUUGACAGAUCCUACGGAGCUUGCAAGACUUACAAGGAUGCCUGAGAUGCAAGACAUCUAUGUUGCGAAAAAUCCCUUCACUCGCACACACUCAAAUUACAGAAUCACAAUUUUCAAUCUUUUCCGGGCAACACCGGGUUAUACUGAGGAUGUCAAAAUCGACUCAAGCAGUCCGUCGUACAGCGAGCGGAGGCAGCUGGUUGAUCGCGCGCCUGAACCACCGCCAGCGCCCAUGCCACCUCCAGUGCCUGAGGAUGAGCGAUCAGACGAUGCGUUGAACAUGCCUGAUGUUGGCGAAAGAUCACGACAUGCAGCGGCAGACUACGCUCAAGGAUCAACAAGAUCAAUUGGCGAUUACUCGACUGCAUCGCAAAGAAGAAAGAAGGGAACUCGAAGGAGGAUUGUUGAGCUAUCACACGAGAUGGGCUCUGAGCAAUCUGGCCAGAAUGAUGCACCGCCUUCACCACGCGCAGUAAUCAAAACGCCAGCAUCACCAGAAGAGCAACGGUUUGUACGAGCGACGUCGUCACCGCCUCGGUUGCCGCCGUUGGAUACUGGAUCAUCGAGCAUGUCGAUAGAAGGAUUUACAACAUCUAUUGAAGAAGAUGAAGAUAUCGGCAUCAACAGCGAUGCGUAUCGACAGAAGAUUGAGACAUUGAAGAGCGACCUCGGCAAUGGCUGGUUGACAGCAUUGAGCGAAGACGCGAGCAAGAGCUCAGAAAGAGAAUACAAUGCUAGGCCGUCAAUGGGAGGUCAACGAGCAGACAGUCGAGAAGUGACAGUUGGAGGUAGGAGGCUGGGAUGA